AUGCAGUUGCUAGAAGCGUGGGCGACGGCUCGACUGGAAGCGUUGGGCGUCGAUGGCGUGUUCGCUCCCUAUAUAGUGGGCAUGUUACCUUCGCACGGUGGCGACGACGACAAUCUAGAGGACGCCAAGUUCAACAUCCACCAAGUGCUCAUGGGCUGGCUGGCACCGGAAGACGAGGAACGCGCACAGGAGUUUGUGGACGAGCUGGCCAAGCUGUCGGACAAUCCGGCGCAACUUACGGACGCGGCGAUGGCUCUUGCGGCGCAGAGCAACGGGGACAAGCGCAUUGAAGACGAUAUCAACAAGAUAUUGGCGCAAGACGAGGAACUCAAGGCUUCGGCUCCCACUUUUGUGCCGCGCAAGUUCCUGUCGCCUGUGGUGCCCGAAUUCCACCCGACAAACAGUCCCGAGGGGAGUUUUGACCAGCUACAAGCAGCUUCAUCGCCUCCUGUUGCGCUGAAUCACUUGAACAGUAGUGACGGGUACGAACACGACGAGGUCGAUAGCGAAGAGGAAGAAGACGAUAGUGCUGCGAUGCAGGACGAAGACAGUUUCUUCUGGUCCGUGGCCUACGAGUUGGUGAGCCAUUUGCAACUCAAGUUCCAGGACAUCGACCCCAAUCGACUGUGCGACUUGUUGCGUCUGGUUGGACUGGAUGUAGACAAGGCGCACGCGGUGCUGAAGGCCACGAUCGAGCGGGAAUCCAUCGGACCCGGACAGGUGUGUCGCCACUAUCUACAGGGAGAGUGUCGUCGCGCAGACUGCAUGUUCCUGCACGACACGGACUCGAUCACGUGUCGCUUCUGGCUGCGCGGCACCUGCUUACAAGCGGACCACUGCGUGUUCGCACACGACUUCUCGCGACUACGACAGCGAAGACGAGAUGGACCAGAACAGCGCGCCGCUGGACAUUCAAGCUGA